AGUGCAGUUAUGACGACGUGCCCAUUCUUUUGGACGUGAGCUAACGUUUGCUAAUGUUUUGUAAUGUACUUAUCAUUUAGCUAUUUAGGGAUUAUGUUAUGUCAUAAUGCUGGGAAUCCCCACUUGGCUUCUCUUGGACUUUUACAGAAGAAGCAAUCUAUUCCCAAUGGCGUCACCUUGGACAGAAGAGGAGACUUUUACUUGCUCUGUAUGUCUGGAAACCCUGAGGGACCCUGCCACUCUACCAUGUGGUCACUCUUACUGCUUGGUCUGCAUCCAAGACCACUGGGACAAGAAGGACAGCCAAGGCCAAUACAGCUGUCCACAAUGCAGGCAAGUCUUCAACCCACGACCAUCACUGGCUAAAAGCACUCUUCUGGUGGAGGCAAUGGAGAAAUUAAGAACCAACAGUCUUAGACAAAAGGAGCCAUCUAAUGCUCCUCCAUCUUUGCCCAUUUACAUGGAUGUCCUGCCAGGAGAUGGGCCGCAGCCUGGGUGUAUCUACCCUCAACUGCCUCUCACUGUAGCCCCCCGAAUGUGCCCUGAACAUAACCAACCUCUAGACCUGUUCUGUCAUGAGGAUAGAGAGUGUGUGUGUGCGUUGUGUCGUCAGUAUGGACACAGGGGACAUCGGGUGGUCCGACCUGGGGAGGAGAGGACACAGAGACAGGAUGAAGUUGUCCAAAUGCAGCUAGAAGUUCAGCGUCAUGUUCAACAGACGGAACGGGCUCUGAAGGAGAUACCGUAUAUGGCCAAACAUCUUAAGGUCUUGGUCCAAGCCUUACAGAUCGAGAAUACAGAUCUCUUCUCAGACCUCAUCAAAGUGGUGAAUGUGACAGGGACCCAGGUCGGGGAGGCGCUCGGUACCCACGAGACGUCCCUGGGUAGCUGGCUGGAGGGCAAGGUGCAGCGGAUGGAGCAAGAGGUGGUACGGCUCCACUGGAGGAGUGAGGAGCUGCAGAGGCUGGCUGACAUGCAGGACCACAUCUGUUUUCUGAAGAACUUCUUCCUGGUGGAACCGCUGGGCCAUACUGAUGCUGAGCUUGGUCUUGGGCACCAGGAAGCAGUUGUGAGUUCAGUUCGUUCAGCCCUGAAAGAACUACAAGUGUCCAUUGAAGACCAGUGUAAAGCCGCUGUCACCAAGAUCCAGGCUAUAGUGAACAAUGAAGCUCCAACUUCAGAAACCAACUAUGAACCAGCAACAGUUCACAAUGGGACACAGAACAGGGUUUAUGAAACAGUCCUUCCAGGUCCUGUGGCACCCACUGUUCCUCAAGUUGAAGCCUCAGCACCUCCUCCUCCACUCCCUCUGCGACUCCCAGUUGUGACUGUAGCUGCAGUGGGGCCUGUAAGCCUUGAACCCAAGACUAGAGAUGAAAUGCUGAAAUACCGUUUUGUUCCCACGAUGGACCUCAACACUGCAUAUCGUCAUGUCCAACUCUUAGACGGUGGUCGGAAAGCCACACUUAAAGCUGAAAACAUGAACUAUCGUGAACAUCCAGAACGCUUCCAGUUUUGGAGACAGGUCCUAUGCAGAGAGGCCCUGGGAGGUAGCCCGUACUACUGGGAGGUGGAGUGGACAGGGACCAAAGUGACUAUUGGUGUGGCCUAUAAGGAGAUGGACCGUGGGAGCGCUGACGACAGGAGCAGACUAGGACAUAACCCUGAAUCUUGGAGCCUGUACUGGUCUGGGAAUGGAUUUUCAUUUUGGCACAGUAAUCAGGAGAAACUUUUGGGCUCUCCCAAAGCCAAGCGGGUUGGGGUGUAUUUGGAUCAACACGCGGGGGUCUUGGCCUUUUACAGGGUCACUAAAAACCAGGCUGAUCUCAUCCACAGACACCAGGUGGACUUCACUGGACCACUGUACCCAGGGUUUAGGUUCUGGGCUGGGGUAGGCGCUACAAUCACUAUCUGUGACCUGGACUAAGGGCAUAUCUACUGAACGCAUGUGUUUAUUUUCAUCUAAUACGCUUAAUUAAUGGACAAACUGAUGUAUGGCUGCCUUUUAUACUGAAAUAUACAACCACCCCAUAAAGACGUGUCAUUAUUUUCCAGUGAAAGGACCUUAGCAUUUCUAGUUUUCCAAUUGAAGGUUAUUUGAGAAAGAUGAAGUGUCACCGUGUAACUUUCAUAGAAUAGACUUAAAUAAACCAUGCAUUUUUCAUUUUGGAUGUUUUUUUACAGGGAAAAAACUCAAAUCCUAAUUAUGUUCAGACUUGCAUCUCCACACAGCUGACUCUUAUGUGGCCUGAAAGAGGGCCUCCUCCUCCUUCUUUCCAUGGAAAUGUUUCUUUGAUCAUAAUGGCAUUAAACACG